UGCAAAAGGAAUGGAAGUCCGGGCUUAUAAAUAUAAAUGCCGUCAACGCCUUGAGGCGCCAAACAUAUUGAAAUUGUCUUUUUGCACGACGGUUCAAUGCACAGACUUAAAAAUUUUGCCGUCUGGUCAAAGUUGAAUGGUCAGAAUGUUGGGGAAAAAAAUGUGAACUCUCCUGGUGUGUUUUUCCAAGCGGUUUGUUAGUAAUUUAAUUGCCAAAUGCAAAUUUCGAAUUCCCUGCGCAGAUUUUCCCUGACAUUAAAUACAAGGCAAAUAAUGACUAGCAUAAAAUUAGGUAGAGUGCUGUCCAGGUGCAACAGAUUGAACUUUGAACGCAAUUUUAGUGGAAAACAGAAAUUAAAUUUUAUGGACUAUAGGGUGCACAAUUGUCCUAUAAACUUAGUCGCUUUGCAAUUGCUUAACCCAGCUUAAAUAAACAAAUAUAUGCUGUUGGCUCGAGCACAAUUUGCAGAUGCUCAAAGGGUACUUGUGGAUAUUAGUGAGGGAAGAAGCUCUUCAAUGGCUGCAUCAGUAAAUGGCGACAUUGGACAACUAUUUACACAAUAUCCUGUUUCAGAUUCCGUACAUAAUUAUCUGCAUUGGUUUGGCAAACAACUCCCGAGAAAUGAAAGGGUUUGUAUCGCUGCUUGAUUCUAACAAAAGGAGGUGAAUCAACACAACCACAAAUCUGUGGGACAGCAGCACCUAUUCCUUAUGGGCCAUAACAAAAUAAAGGGGAAAAAAAUAUGGCACCAAACCAGACAGAAAGUGUUUGUUGAAAUAGUUAAUUCCCUAGGGUCCACAAAGCUGCUUUACUUUUAUGUUUGAAGAACUUGAACUUCAGGUUGCUAAACUAAACUUUAAAAAAGAGUAGGCUCAGCAUUCUAAGUAAGAACGAGUUAAGCUGAGAUACAUUUCACAUUCAUUUCUCUUCCCUACAUAAGCAGAGAAACUCCAAAAUGCCAGCAGAUAAGCCCCCCGAGUUCAAGUUUCCCAUGCAUGAUUUACACUUGAAGCAAACGUUUCGCAAUGUAAAAGUGGGCUGCACUUUGUCCCUGAUAGCUCCACUUAUUUUGUACACUUUAUACAACAAUCCGCGCAAGAGGAAGUACAGGAACUUUUACUCCAACUACGAUCCGAUGGAUGCGUUCGAUCGCAUGAUGAGUGGAGGCUACCUAUCGUCCUGUCCGCCGGGCAGUGGUCCCAAAAAGGAUGACAAGAAGAAGAAGAAAUAGAUCAAGGCAGCGACAGUACUUUAUCUCAAUUCCCAUUGAACACCAUACAGAAUGCCACCUUUCAACUCUUGACAAAUUGACCAUGUGACCUCUUGUCGACACACCUCCCCUAAUGGAAAUCAAAAUUUACAUGAAAUAGUUUACACAUUACAUUACAAAUAAAUUGGAGCAUUGCAAACAAU